AUGGGUAACGUCUCGAGCCGGCCCGACGAGGCCGCCGCGCUGUAUCUCCGCGACCAGAAUCGAUUAUCCAUCUCUUCCAUCGUUGUCACCUCGCCUCGCAAACGCUCCACGAUCAAUAUAGUUCCCAAUGCGUUCCCCGCCAGCCGACUAAGCGCGACCCGCCCUCUUGGAGACAACUCCCCCGUCGAAUUCGUGCUGGAUACCGAGACGCUACAGUCCGCCGGGCCGAAUUUCAUGCUCAAGCUCUCCAACGACGACGAGCUUCACUUCACCUUCAACUUUAUUAUACGGCAGACUCAGACCUCGGCCGCCCAGCUGAGCUCCCCGGCCAUCGGGGCGGCGGACGGCAUCGCCAGCCCAGCCACGACAGACACCCACGUCAAUAACCUCACCUUUGUCUAUGCCUCAACCUCCAGAGAGGUCGAGAACCUGGUGACGAGAGAAUUCCACGCCGACCCUAACCUACAUAAAAACGCCAACGUCGAACUCGUUGGGGACUACUCCACCGACGGCAGCCCCUCGAUAACAUUUGAGUGGCCCUGGACAUGGAAACCACCCAAGGCGUCAGAGGAUAGAGGCGGAGGCUGGCGAAACUCGUGUAGUUUUGUCGAGUACGACCAGCGCGGCCACCGGCUGGUGACCCUGGCCAGCUUUUCGUUCUGGGUAACAAACUCAGCCGGUUAUAUGAGCCAGCCGAACUCUCCGGUCCCUCACUUCCUGCUAAACGCCCCGCCUAAGAUUCGAGUCGCGUCAACGCAGUCGGUGGAAUCGAGGAUCAGUGCUGUUGACAUCAACGAGCCGUCCUCCCCGCGGACUGUGGUGGUACACGAGCCCGUGAGCGAUACGCCGCCCCCGCCCCCUACAGCGUCGACCCUGGCUGAGCCGGUCAAGGUCGACGUGUCGUGCCCCAGGCCUAGCGAUGAUGUGGCCGUGACCGACGACGGGCCAGUCUUCAGGGCCACCAUCAAGGCGUUGGAGCAGAAGACGGGCAAUAUGCGCACGCAGACGAAGCGAAUCAUAAAGAAGGCUGAGCAGGCUCAGGCAGCCCAGGUCGAGGCCAAUGACGCUUUCAUAGGCAUGAUCGACUCCCUAAAAGAGGCCUCCAUCACCAACGCGAAUGCUGUGCGGCCUGCUAUCGAGCAUUAUUUCGACAAAAUCGCGCGCGAGAUCCUCUACUACGAGAGGCAAAACGCCCUGAAUCUACAGCGGAUCAUCAUUGAGCCCCUAACUAAGCUGUACACCCUGGACAUCAAGCAGGCCGAGGCCAAGAAGCGCGACUUUGAAGAGGAAAGCAAGGACUACUACGCCUAUGUCGGCAAGUAUUUGGGCCAGCGCCAGGAUUCUGUCAAGACUAAGAAGCUUGCCGAAAGCGACAACAAAUACCAGGGGAAGCGACGCAACUUUGAACUCAAGCGAUUCGACUACUCCUCGUUCAUGCAGGACCUGUCGGGUGGUCGCAAGGAGCAGGAGGUGCUCUCCCACCUGACCAAGUUUGCCGACGCUCAGACCAAGUCCUUCUUGAGAACAAGCAAGAAGAUCGAGUCCCUGUUGCCGCAACUAGAAGCCUUAUCCAAUGAGGUGCAAGUAGCAGAUAAGGAGUAUCAAUAUCAGAGGCGCGAGAGGGAGGAGAAGCGCCGGGUGCUGGAGAAGAGCAACGGGGCACCGGCCGAGCCCGAGACCCCGCUGACGGCCACCAUGUCGACGACUGCCCAGACGCCUUCGAACGGCAACCCCUCCGGGUCAGAAUCCGAGCUCGGACGGGCGGACAGCACAGGCUCGCAGCUGCGCAUGAUGCCAACAAGUAGUUCUUCUGCCAGCACCGUCAUCGGCGACCUCUCCAGAUCACCAGGCAGCCUCGGCCACGCCAACGUGAGUGUGGGAAGCCCUCCCGCUCCGUCCAACAAGUUCAAGGGCAUCCGCGACCUGGAGGAGAGGGAUCCUAGCCAGAUGACAGGCUCAGAGAAGAAUGCCACGCAAAGGAAGGAAGGACUGUUGUGGUCUCUAAGCCGACCCGGUGGCCACGUCGAUCCUCGUGCCGCACUCAACAAGCAAGGCUGGCACAAAUUCUGGAUUGUGCUGGACCAAGGCAAACUGUCCGAGUAUAGCAACUGGAAGCAAAGGCUGGAUCUGCAUAUGGACCCCAUUGACCUCCGCAUGGCGUCGGUGCGCGAGGCCAGAAAUGCAGAGAGGAGAUUUUGUUUUGAGGUCAUCACGCCCCAGUUCAAGAGGGUAUACCAAGCCACGUCGGAGGAGGAUAUGAACAGCUGGAUCAACGCCAUCAACAACGCCCUACAGAGUGCCGUCGAGGGCCGAGGCGUGAGAGACAAGCCAUCGCAGGCGCCCGCAGACCAGAAUGCCAGCUUCAGACGGGAUAUUGGGUCUAUCCUCACAGGCAAGAGUCCCUCAGUCGGCCAUGGCCACGCACACAACAACUCGAUGGCCUCGGGAAUCCCGGCCCGCCGUACUACGGUGGGAAGCGUGCCGGCAAUGCGUAGGACCGGCUCUGCCGGCAGCGGCGAGGAGAACCCCGACAAGCUGCUCCAGGCGCUGCGCGAGAGCGACCAGGGAAACCUUUGGUGCGCCGACUGCGGCUCCAGCUCCAAGGUGGAGUGGGUGUCUAUAAAUCUCGGCAUCAUCCUGUGCAUCGAGUGCAGCGGCAUCCACCGAUCGCUCGGCACGCACAUCAGCAAGAUCCGUUCCCUGACGCUCGACAUCACCUCGUUCACCCCCGACAUCGUCGAGCUGCUGAUGCUUGUUGGCAACCGCGUGGCAAACAUGGUAUGGGAGGCCAAGCUGGACCACUCGGCGAAGCCCGGCGCCCACGCCACCAGGGAGCAGCGGCUGAGGUUCAUCACGGCCAAGUAUGCCGACCGGGCCUUCGUGGAGCCCAUCUCGACGACACUGUCUCGCUACGGCACGCCCGACGAGACGCUCCUCGCCGCCAUCAAAAAGAACGAGAUUCAGCAAAUCAUUUAUGCUCUGGCGCUCAAGGCCAACCCCAACGUCACAGACAAGUCCCGCGGCACGCAUGCCAUAUUCUUGGCUUUGGCUGCUGCUAAUCCCGCUCCCCCCUCUCCUUCGCCGUCCAUGACGCCGCGAGCCGAACCAGAGAAGCCGACUCCCUUCCCUGUCGCCGAGCUGCUGAUCCAGAACGGCGCCGAGAUCCCGGCCACCAUGCCUGCUUUCCCACUCAGCCUCGCGGCACAAAACUACCUGGAACUCAAGCGCGGACGUGCCAUAGCCGUGUCUGCAGCCACAUCUGGCCAAUCUUCAGGAGGCGGUGGUAUCGCAGUUGUGCCCGGCGCGUCAUCGUCGUCGUCCUUUUCGUCAACCGCGACCCAAGAUGGGUCUGGAUCGACGCCGGCCGCCAUGUCUUCGACCGAAAAGCUCGUACGUGAGCGCGAGGCGCGCCUACAGAAGCGGGUCAGCGCCGGGGGUCGCCUUGCGAAAUCACCCAUCCCUGAAAGGUAG